AUGCGCCGUCCUGGCACAAAGUGUGAUAGCGGAAGGCCCCUGCCAAUAAAUAGGAAUUCAUUAGGAUUUGGCCCUGGCGAUGCCCUCCAACUCUAUCGCGGCAAAAGGGCCCCGCUUGCCGCAUUCCGUGGGGAAGGCGUGCGCAAGAAAACUUCGCCACUGAGGAAGCUUCGCGACCCCAGGCUCAAAACAAUGCGCAUCGUAAGGAACGGCCGUGCCCCAUUGAGGCACAGGGGUUCUCUUACCGGCCUUGGGCACGCCCCGCCGCUUUAUCAGCAUCAUUCUUGCGGUAGUGGGGGGAAUGGUCUGUACGUUGCCUUCUUUCGAGAAAUCGAGAAGAGUAGAGAACAUUUUAUGUUUUAUAUUGGCAAAAGUCUUCUUAUUUCGCAUAGCUGCUCUCUGAAGGGAAAUACCGAAUAUUUACUGGUGAUGAAACGGUUAAAAAAGGAUGUGAUGAAAGGGAACUUAAGCCGCCACCACGCUUUCCUUCACAAAUUAUACCCCUUCGCGAUGUCCGUCGGGAGUGCUUUUUUUUGGACGCGAAAUUACGUCCGCGAGAUUAUUUUCAGACGUGGCAUAGCCCCGUGA